AUGGUCUUAACCCCUGCACACCAGUCCAUCAAUGGAGAAACUGACUCAUCACUCAAAGCUAUAACUCCUGUAACUGCAGAGCACCAGCCAAUGGACAUCCAAUCUAAAUCCAUCAUUCCCACCAAUAAUAUCCUCCUGCUUGACUUCAACUAUAACAGCAAACCCCCUGAGCAUGGACAGAUCAUGAAUUUCACCACAGCAACUUCCCAACAACUUCCACCAACUGAUCACAGCCCACUGAACAACAACACCACCUUUAAGAGGCACCCCAGAAACCUAUGGCUCUCCUCUGAUCCUUUUCGGAUUGUGGUCCCCAUGGAUCCCAUGUACGAUUGA